GGUACACUUAAUUUGAAAUUUGCGAUAACAGAGCUCGGAUGGGUUGGUGAUCAUGGGAUACAGCAUCGAGAUUUCACUACAAAUACCACUCGGUCAGCCCCCCAACUUGAUCAUCAUCCUCUCCUCUCAUAUCCUCCUUGUCAACUGCUAGCCUUCGCACUUUCAAGCUUUCAACAUGUCGUCUCCCAAAGUUGCAAUCAUCAUUUACUCCAUGUACGGUCAUAUCGCAACGAUGGCCGAGUCUGUCAAGGGUGGUAUCCAGUCCGCUGGCGGCUCCGCCACCAUUUACCAGAUCGCUGAAACAUUGCCCGCGGAAGUCCUCACAAAGAUGUAUGCUCCCGCAAAGCCAAGUUACCCCAUCAUCACCCCGGCCGAACUGGUCAACUUUGACGCCUUUGUCUUCGGCGUUCCUACCCGUUAUGGCAAUUUCCCCGCUCAGUGGAAAGUUUUCUGGGACGCAACUGGUGGUCUCUGGGCUAGUGGUGCUUUGUCUGGCAAAUUUGCGAGUGUCUUCGUUUCUACAGGCACCCCAGGUGGAGGACAGGAGGCUACCAUCAUCAACUCCCUCUCAACUCUUGCCCACCACGGCAUUAUCUACAUCCCAUUGGGCUACAAAAACACAUUCGCGCAACUCACUAACAUAAGCGAGGUUCGCGGUGGUUCUCCUUGGGGUGCUGGCACCUUCGCUGGACCCGAUGGGUCACGCCAGCCUUCAGCUCUUGAAUUAGAACUCGCUACCAUCCAAGGCAAGGGCUUCUGGGAGGUUGUUUCCAAGUACAAAUUCUAGAAGGGCUAUUAAUAAUCACAUUUACGGUACUUGCAGAUACCCCAUAAUAGAUACGUGCACGAAAAAUAUAGACAAAUUUUGAUGACGAAGAUGUUUGUUUGCUUACAUCAAGUCUGUUGCAUGUUUGACCGGUAUAUAUCCCUGUGGAUGCAUCCUACACAGGCGCGCACGCAAUAUUAAUGGUC